AUGCAAAGAAAGAUUAUCCUGGUCGAUCUUGGUAUAUGGCCGGCUCGCCUAUUGUUGCUAGAACAGCAUUCCUUCAUUACGACACCCUAUCUACGAACUUAA